AUGUCACAAAUAUUCCACAAGAGUUGUUAUACAGCACGUAGUUCUGGCUAUAAAUAUCGUACACUAUCCACUAACACUGGAGAAAAAAAGCGGCGAGAUAGCAGAGAAGACUCUACAUUCGACAGAAAAUUUAAGGAACUACAAAAUGAAAUAGCUUGCAGAAUAGACAAGCAAGUAAAACACACUCAAAAAGCGCGCGGAAUGAUUUUAGAAAAGUUUGAGAAGAUCGACUCCAAAAUCAAUUUGAUGAUGGAGUUAAAAGACACAGUGACCAUUUUAAGAAAGAAUAUUAAUACAGCCGAGGAUGCCUUAAGUGAUAUUGUUCAGAAAAUUGAGAGGUUAGACGCAAAUACCGGCAGCGAUGCUUACACGCUACACUCACGGAAAAGCUCGUUUAGAUCGCAAGCUCCUAUUCUCGAAAAAGAUGAAUUUUUCUUAUAG